CUCGUUACUGUUGUGUCCUUUUUUUGUGUUUGGCUUCUCAGUGGGAAGUGCCGAAUCGCUACUGGCAUUGUGCUUUAUUCUGUUGUUUGAUUGAUUGCUUGACCAGCGCCUGUCUUGUUCAGUGGCUUCUUUUUGGUGCUCGCUGUGCGCAGUGCCUACCUUGAUCGCAGCACCAGCAGCAACACCAGCAGCACCAACUGCUCCUGCCCACGAAUCCCUUCGUUUUCCUGCCUUCCACGUUGAAUUAAUUUUUAAUUUCCUCCUCGAAAAGAAUCUCUUGCCUGAGCGUUGACUCUUCACUUCCUUUUCGAUCGUUGCCCCCCUCAUCCACGUCGGGAGCAAGAAAAAAAGUAUUGGUUUUUCCGCAGUUUGGACUUCAAGCUCCUACCAUCUCCUCGUCCAUACACUUUCCGUGGAGCAAGAUACUCAGAUUGAGAGAAAAGUUCAAGACAGCAAGCAGUCAACAUGGGUCCAUUGCUGGUUCUGGUGGCCUUGGUCUUCUCGGUCUUAAGUUCAACUGUCACUGCCAUUCCCACCAUUACUGCCGUCGGUUCCAAGUUCUUCACCAGUGACGGCAAUCAGUUCUUCAUCAAAGGUGUUGCUUACCAGCUGGUCGAAGACGACCCUCUCGUGAAUACCACGCAAUGUACACUCGAUGCCGCCCUCAUGAAACAAGUCGGAGCCAAUUCGAUUCGGGUCUACCAUGUCGAUCCUGACGCAGACCACUCUGGAUGCAUGAACGCAUUUGCCUCAAACAACAUCUACAUUUGGGUUGAUAUGGACAGCUUCAAAACGUACAUUCAGUUGAGUGGCACUCCUUCUUGGACCCAGAACAAGUCAGACUCUUACCGAGCUGUCAUGGACAAUUUCCAACAAUACGACAACACUGCCGGCCUCUUCGUGGGUAAUGAGGUGCUCAAUUCAAAUGCCGAUUCCGGUGCCGCACCAUACCUCCUCUCCGCCGCUGUUGAUCUGAAGAAUUACGGUAUAGCAAAGGGGUACCGCAAGAUCCCUAUUGGAUACUCGGCUACCGACACGGCCAACCUUCGACCGAAUCUGCAGAACUAUGUCGUCUGUCGUCCUAAUGCUACCGAACGACUGGACUUCUAUGCACUGAACAGCUAUGAGUGGUGUGGAUCGUCUCCUGAUUACAACACUUCUGGCUAUUCAGGGCUUCAGGCUAGUGCGGAAGACUAUCCCGUGCCCAUCUUCUUUUCGGAAGAUGGCUGCAACACCGUACCGCCACGAACUUUUGAUGACCAAGCCGCAAUCUUCGGACCAGAGAUGGUGAAUACAUGGUCGGGCGCGAUUAUCUAUGAAUGGAUCCAGGAGACGAAUCACUACGGCCUGGUGACAUAUGGCCCACCUGGUGGUCAAGACCAAGGCUCUGUGGUUGUGGAUGGGUAACUAUGACAUGCUUACAAAUUUGGUGCAACGAAUACGCGUAUGCUAACCUGUGCAGGUUCACGCGUCAGGGGAUUCCCACGCCAGUCCAACCUGACUUCAGCAACCUCGCAUCACAAUGGUCUACGUUGAACCCCACUGGAGUCAAGUCGGCAGCUUACAAACCAUCCACGACAGCACCGCCUUGCCCCAGUUCGACCGCAGGAGGAUGGACCGUUGAUCCCAGCUCACCGUUGCCCACUCUUGGGGCCGUGGGCGUCACACCAGUUUACCCGUCGUCGACCAAGACUGGCAGUGCAAGCGCAACCUCUGGUGGUGCUGCUUCUGCCACUUCUUCAGGCGCAGCGAGCAGAAUUGCCUCCGGUCCUCCCCUCUUCAACGGUGGAGAGUUCAUGAGCACGGUGGUUGCAUUGAUGGCCGUCUGUGCCGGAUUCGUUUUCUGGCUGUAAGAAAUCGGCAAAAGUCACAGUGGAGAUGUUUUGGCUCAUGAACUACGAGCAAAUUUCGAUUGGUAUUGAUUCAGGGAUGUAAUCCAUAAUGGGUGAUGACAGACACACGAUACCCAUGUACAUUUUAUGUAGGGGGUGACAUGAGUUAUUUUACGCGCCAGAAGGAAGAAGACUUAUGCCUGCCCUUGGUACUUGAUAAUACGGAUGGGUGAUGCUCAGUAGCUUGGUAUGAUGAUAAAAUAAACGAGGUGAAAG